GUUCCGCGUGCGGUAUGUCGGCGCUACGCUGGGGCCGCGGCGCGGCGGGGCUCGGGAGAGUCCUGCAGUCCUGCGGACGCCGCGGCCUCCCAACAGAGGAAGGGACCCUCGGUGUUGGCCUGGGCCCCAGGAGGAGCUCUUCCGCCAGCCCCCAUGAGAAAGACCUCCGGAAGGACUGGGGCCACGUGGAGCUGCUGGAGGUGCUCGAGGCGCGGGUGCGGCAGCUGCAGGCUGAGAGUGUGUCGGAGGUGACCGUCAACAAGGUGGAUGUGGCUCGGCUCCCAGAACGCGGCGGUGGGGGCGGCAACUUCCAGCCACCCAGGAAGGCCCAGAUGGGGGCCAAGGGUGCUGCCCCUCAGCACUUUGGCCGCUGGGCAGCGAAACUGGACAAGGAGAAGCAGACCAUGCAGAAACGCAAGCAGCGGCUGGAGGUGAAGCUGCAGGUGCGGGCCCAGAGGCUGGCCCAGAAGCUGGCCGAGAAGCUGAAGCCCAAGCCCCUGCAGAUGGAGCCCCGGCUGGUGAGCGGGCAGCUAGCUGACUCCCUGCGGUGUGGGGCGCAGGGGACCCCCUUGGAGGAACAGCUGGCCCAGGCACUGCAGGAGGCCCCUCGGAAGCUGAGCCUCAAAGAGGAGCAGGCCCUGGCAGACAGGGAGGUGGAGGCACAGCUCACCGGUCAGCAGCAGACACUCCUGGCCUUCUUUGAGUGUUGCCUGCUCACUGACCACCUGCACCUUGCCCACCACGUGCUGGUGGCCCACCACGGCAAUCCCCGCAAGCAGCAGCUGCUCACGCUCGCCAUGUACAACACCAUCAUGCUCGGCUGGGCUCGACAGGGCUCCUUCAAGGAGCUGGUAUACGUGUUCAUCAUGGUGAAAGACGCUGGCUUCACCCCGGACCUGCUGUCCUACGCGGCCGCCCUCCAGUGCAUGGGACGGCUCGACCAGGAUGCCAGGACCAUCCAAAGGUGUCUCAAGCAGAUGGCCCGGGACAGGCUGCAGCUACAGGACCUCUUCACAGUCGUGCCCCUGUCUGAGGAGGAGCGGGCCGCGCUCCUGAGGGCCAUAGUCAAGGCUCGGCCAACCUUCAGGCCACGGCUGCGGCCCCCGCCCCAGGUCAACACCUCGACGCUGCUCAGGGAGGUCUACGCCAAGGAUGGCCCCGUGUCCUACCCGAAGCUGCACCUGCCCCUGAAGACCCUGCAGGGCUUCUUCCAGCAACAGCUCCACAUGGAGCUGACCGCCAGUGUCUGCGUGGAGUCCGUGGAGAAGGCUGUGCUGACCAAGGAGACCAUGCAUGCGCGGAAGACCCUGACGAACCUGCGAGUUCAGUGGGAGGCGGCACUGCACCGAGCGCUGCAGGAGACCAAGGCCAGCCUGGCCCGCCAGGCGCACGAGGGCCGCCCCACGCUCUACCCCUUCCUGUGCCUGCUCAGCGAGCAUGAGUUUGUGCGGCUGCUCACGCAGACCCUGCAGGCGCUGCCCGCCCAGGGCAAAUCCUUCAUCUCCGUGGCCCAGGAGCUGGGCCGGCGGACCUUCAGCCGGCACAUGGUGCAGAAGCAGCAGCUCAACAACCAGGUGCAGGCGCUGGAGCGGCGGUACACGCAGUAUCUGCGCCUGCUGGCCUCCGACACCCAGGUGGCCGAGCCCCACCUGCCACGGCAGUACUGGGAGGCGCUGGGGCUGCCGGAAGCGCCGCAGGAGAAGCCCUGGCCGGUGCCGGUGCUGCUGCAGCUGGGCAGGCAGCUGGCGGAGCUGCUGGUGCAGGCUGUGCAGAUGCCGCGCAGCCCGGCCGCGCCCCCAGGCUCCUGCGGGCUCAUCCCUGUGCUCUACCACGUGUACUCCUUCCGCAGCUUCCGCCAGAUCGGCAUCCUGAAGCCGCACCCGGCCUUCGUGCAGCUGCUGGCGACCGCGGCGGAGCCCAUGCUGACCUUCGAGACGGUGGACGUGCCCAUGCUGUGCCCGCCCCGGCCUUGGACCUCCCCGCACUCCGGCGCCUUCCUGCUAAGCCCCACCAAGCUGAUGCGCGCGGUCGAGGGCACGACGCAGCACCAGCAGCUGCUGGAGCGCUGCCCGCCUGCCGAGCUGCACGGCGCCCUGGACACACUCACUCAGCUGGGCAACUGCGCCUGGCGCGUCAACGGGCACGUGCUGGACCUGGUGCUGGAGCUCUUCAGGGACAAGGGCUGCUCCCGCCUGGGCGUGCCACCCCCGCCCUCCGAGGCACCCCAGCCACCGGAGGGCCGCCUGCCGCGGGACACCCCACCUGCCCGAAAGGCUGAGCUGCGGCGGGAGAUGGCCCGCUGCCUCAAGGUUGCCCGCGAGAUGCACAGCCUGCGCAUGGACGCCCUGUACCGCCUCUCGCUGGCCCAGCACCUGCGGCACCGCAUCUUCUGGCUGCCCCACAACAUGGACUUCCGCGGCCGCACCUACCCCUGCCCGCCGCACUUCAACCACCUGGGCAGCGACCUGGCGCGGGCCCUGCUGGAGUUUGCAGAGGGCCGCCCGCUCGGACCCCACGGCCUCGACUGGCUCAAGAUCCACCUGGUCAACCUCACGGGGCUCAAGAAGCACGCCUCGCUGCGGGCACGUCUCGCCUUCGCCAACGAGGUGAUGGAGGACAUCCUGGACUCCGCGGACCAGCCCAUGGCGGGCCGCAAGUGGUGGAUGGAAGCGGAUGAGCCCUGGCAAGCCCUGGCCUGCUGCGUGGAGAUCGCUAGGGCCGUGCGCACCCCCGACCCCGCCACCUAUGUCUCCCACCUCCCUGUUCACCAGGACGGCUCCUGUAACGGUCUGCAGCACUAUGCUGCCCUGGGCCGUGACAGCGUGGGCGCCGCCUCUGUCAACCUGAUGCCCUCGGACCUGCCACAAGAUGUGUACAGCGGGGUGGCCGCGCAGGUGGAGGCGUUCCGCAGGCAGGACGCAGAGCAGGGGCUACGCGUGGCGCAGGCGCUAGAGGGCUUCGUCAGCCGCAAGGUGGUCAAGCAGACCGUGAUGACCGUGGUGUAUGGAGUCACCCGCUAUGGUGGGCGCCUGCAGAUCGAGAGGCGCCUCAGGGAGCUCAGCGACUUCCCCCAGGACUUCUUGUGGGAGGCCUCCCACUACCUGGUGCGCCAGGUGUUCAACAGCCUGCAGGAGAUGUUCUCAAGCACCCGGGCCAUCCAGCACUGGCUGACUGAGAGCGCCCGCCUCAUCUCUCACACGGGCUCAGCGGUGGAGUGGGUCACGCCACUGGGCAUCCCGGUCAUCCAGCCCUACCACCAGGAAGCCAAGUUCACGAUCAGAGGAGGGAUUCAGAGCAUCACCUGCAGCAAAGCCAAGGACAGCAGCCAGAAGCCCAACAUAAAGAAGCAGAAGAACGGGUUCCCACCCAACUUCAUCCACUCGCUGGACUCCUCGCACAUGAUGCUCACGGCCCUGCACUGCUACAGGAAGGGCCUCACCUUCGUCUCCGUCCACGACUGCUUCUGGACCCACGCGGCUGACAUUGCCAUCAUGAACCAGGUGUGCCGUGAGCAGUUCGUGCGUCUGCACAGCCAGCCCAUCCUGCAGGACCUGUCUGCGUUCCUGGUGAAGCGCUUCUGCUCCAGUCCCAGCUUCCAGCCCCGGAGUGUGGCCCAGCGAGCACAGAUGGCCAAGCUGAUGGAGACGCUGCAGUCCCUGCCUGAGACAGGGAACUUCGACCUGGAGCAGGUGAAGCGCUCUACCUACUUCUUCAGCUGACGUCCCGGGCGCCUUGUACCAUAGUGUAAAUAAAGUUCAGUCGCCACCCACGGGA